UUUAUCCACAAUGAUAACUCCAGCUUUUGAUCUUAACCAAGACGACACCUUUCUCUACAUCAACGUCAAAUUGCCCUCUCUAAAAUUUAACUCACGCGACUUGGAAAUCUCAAUAACCGACAACAUCUUCAUUUUCUACUUGGAUCCGUAUUAUCUCAGACUAACCUUCAGUCCAAAUGAACUAUUAAUCAACAACUCAGAUUUAGACCUCAAUGACUCCCAACCAGACUCCUUGCAAAAUCACUUUUACUACGACUCUUCUGACCAAAAGUUGAAAUUCAAAAUUAAAAAAAAACUUAAAAAUCAACAUUUCAACAACCUACAUCUUCCAAAUUUAUUACUAUCACAAUCCAAUCACCACCACAAAAUUGCAAACGACGAAAAAAAUCAUCCUUUGAUUCAAGAAAUUACUCCCCAUGAUUUAAAAUCAACAAACGAUAUCAAAAACUACAUUAACGAUUUUGAAAAAAAAACUGGUAAAGAAUUCAAUUGGCAACUACCCCAAUUUCUUAAUACCGACUCAAACAACCUUAAUACUUUGAAAUCCUCAUUGAAUAAAAAAUAUUACUACGGUUUUAACAACUCCUAUAAUCACUACAUUCUCAACUCUUUAUCAAAUGGUAACGAUAUUAAUGAACUAUCAAACCCUGAACAAUUAACUGAAAACGAAAGAAUCACUGAAAGAAAAAUAAAAGAAAACUACUCUUUCAAUUCAGAAUAUUACAUCAAUUACUAUUUACUAGAGAAAAAAAAAUUAAUCAACGAUAUAACUGAUGUGCACGAUUACAAUAAUUUUGCUAGCAUAUUACACUGGACUAAUCCCUUUGUGAAUAUUGACACGAAUAACAUUGAAAAUAUUCAACUAUCUAAAGAAGAACACGAAAAAUUGGUAAAUUUACCCAAAAAACACAAUAAGUUAAUACCAAAUAACCAGAAUUUAUCUCUGAUUUUUUAUUUGAUUUUUUCCCUUUUAUAUGGAUACAAUUAUAAUUUAAGAGAAAAUCUUGGUGAUGAUUCUUCAAAUAUUGAAACACCAUGGUUAAUUGGGAAAUUAAUACCCCAAUUUUCUUGUUUAGAUCAAAAGAUAUAUUUACCGGACGAUGAACUAACUCAUCAAACGAGUGAAACAGAAAAAGUACUAAUAAAAGAAAUUAAAGAGACUAAUAUUGAUCAUAAUAGUGAAAAAAAAAUUGAAUUCAAACUGAUAAUAGUAGAACAGUUGAUUAUAACCUUAAUUAAGAGAUCGUUAAUUUAUCCUUUAAAUCGGAAUUUUAAUCUAAGUUAUAAAGUAUUGGAAGAUGUUAUUAAAUUACUUGAGUAUAAAAGUUUGAGUAUAAUAAUUAAACAAUUGAUUAAAAUCAGGGAAUUUUUCAGGUUCCAUCAGAUUUAUUAUGUUUAUAAUAUAAUAUAUUUAAACGAUUUAAUCAAGUUUUUGAGUAAUGAGGAAAACGAACGAGAUUUUUUUACUACAGAGAAUUUUGAGACAUUUUAUCAAAAGGUGAUUUUGGUGAUUAAGGAUAAGAAGAGAUUGAAAGAUGAGAUUAUAAUUGAGACGUUAAAUUUUGAUGAAGAGGAUGGAGAAAACAAAUUGGAGGUGAUGAAUUUAAAUCAAGUUGAGCUAAUCGGAGACGAGUUGUAUAACGAUUAUUUGUUCAAUUUAAAGCAAGGGAGGUAGAAAAUGAAAUAUUUAUUAUAAUUGAAAUUUGAAGAGGUAAAGUGAAGAUUAUAUAUUAAAAUAAAGUUGAAAGUUGAGAAAAUAAUUUUGAGAUUAAAAACAACUGAGAUUUGAAAAUUAAAUAUAAAUUAAAAUAAAAUAAAAUAAGUCGAA